AUGGAGAUUGCGCGUCGUGAGCAAUACUGCUACGUCUGCCCGGACAUGGCCAAGGAGCGCCAGAAGUAUGACGAGGCUCUGCUGGGUGAGUUCAAGAAGUAUGACGAGGACCCGAGGCGGUGGGUGGACGUUGCGUACGAGCGGUUCCUCGGCCCGGAGAUCUUCUUCAACCCAGAGAUCUGCAACCCGGACUACACCACGCCGCUGCCGAACGUGAUCGACGCGACCAUCCAGGCCUCGCCGAUCGACUGCCGGCGGGGGCUGUACAAGAAUGUGCGCGACAUCAAGCGGCGCGAGAUAGCGGAGAUCUAG